AUGGAGCUGUCUGCAGUGGGCGAGCGGGUCUUCGCGGCCGAAUCUAUCAUCAAACGGCGGAUCCGAAAGGGACGCAUCGAGUACCUGGUGAAAUGGAAGGGGUGGGCCAUCAAGUACAGCACUUGGGAGCCCGAAGAGAACAUCCUGGACUCGCGACUCAUUGCAGCCUUCGAACAGAAGGAGCGGGAGCGUGAGCUGUAUGGGCCCAAGAAGAGGGGACCCAAACCCAAAACUUUCCUCCUGAAGGCGCGGGCCCAGGCCGAGGCCCUCCGCAUCAGCGAUGUGCAUUUCUCCGUCAAGCCGAGCGCCAGCGCCUCCUCGCCCAAGCUGCAUUCCAGCGCUGCGGUGCACCGGCUCAAGAAGGACAUCCGCCGCUGCCACCGCAUGUCCCGCCGCCCCCUGCCCCGCCCAGACCCCCAGGGGGGCAGCCCCGGCCUUCGCCCGCCCAUUUCCCCCUUCUCCGAGACCGUGCGCAUCAUCAAUCGCAAGGUCAAGCCGCGGGAGCCCAAGCGGAACCGCAUUAUCCUCAACCUGAAGGUGAUCGACAAAGGCCCGGGCGCAGGUGGCGCCGGGCAGGGGGCCGGGGCCCUGGCCCGCCCCAAAGUCCCGUCCCGGAACCGCGUUAUCGGCAAGAGCAAGAAGUUCAGCGAGAGCAUCCUGCGCACGCAGGUCCGCCACAUGAAGUUCGGCACGUUCGCGCUGUACAACAAGCCCCCGCCCGGCCCUCUGCAGCCCCCGCCUGCCGGCAAGACCGACAUCGCCGCCUCCCCCGGCCAGGGGCUGCUCCUGGCGCCCCCCAGUGCUCCCUACGACGCCCGCAGCUCCAGCUCCUCCGGCUGCCCUUCGCCCGCCCCGCACUCCUCCGAGCCGGAGGACGCGCCCCCCAAGCUGCUCCCGGAGACCACGAGCCCAUCGGCCCCCGACUGGCGGGAGCCCGAGGUGCUUGACCUGUCCCUCCCGCCCGAGGCGGCGGCCACCAGCAAGCGGGCGCCUCCCGAGGUUCCAGCAGCUGCCAGCCAGGCCCUUCCCGCCGCCCCUGAGCCGGCCGGCGCCGCCUCCGAGCCCGAGGCGGGGGACUGGCGCCCUGAGAUGUCACCCUGCUCCAACGUGGUCGUCACCGACGUCACCAGCAACCUCCUCACGGUCACUAUCAAGGAAUUCUGCAACCCAGAGGAUUUCGAGAAGGUGGCUGCUGGGGUAGCAGGCGCCGCAGCAGGGGGUGGCAGCAGCGGGGCGAGCAAGUAA